GAAAGCCAUGUCCGCGUCAUCACGCUCCUCCAAGUCUUCGCGCUCCUCGGCAGUCUCCGCGGCUCCUGAGCGAUCGACAAACAGUGUCGUUGCCGCAGGGCAAGUUGAUGUCGCCGUUACCGGACAAUCCAAGAAAAAGAAGCGCAAGUUUCACGGAAGCUUGCUAAGCUCCAAGGCCCGCAAGCGCCACGGACGCAAGCGAUCACGUACUACCGACACAGCAGAUGACGCAAAGGCUGUAUGCGACGACAUGGCGGAGAGCGUAUUGGAGGGCGUGGUGCGAAAGCCGGCUGCAACCUCAGUGCGGGCCUUAGUACCCGGUGAUGACCAGAAGAAAUCUUCGCGCCAUACUACUCGCCGCAGAACACCGUCACUGAUGGAGGCAGAGGCAAAAAAAGGUUCGGGGGGUCCAGCGGGCAUCCUGAAGGCCCCUUCGCUUGGUCCACGUUCUUCAAUUGGCGGCGAGUCGCAAGGGGCCGACAUGAGCGUGGUGCCGCUGCCUUCAUAUGUAGGUACUCCCGACACCACGGCAGACCGCAAGUGCAAGCUGGCAGCCACAUCGCCAUCAGAUGGCGCUGUUGGCACCGCGUCGCCCCAGCAAGAUACGUCGCUCGUCUACCACGAGGGCAAAAAGGCUCGCUUCGGCGUUCCCUCGUUGAAGGUCGUUUCCCCGUUGACAUCCACAUUGACCGGCAGGUGGGCUUGGAUCGCGAAGGGGGCAGCCGCCCUGAGCUCGAUCGUGUUCGCCGUGGCCGGGAUUCUCCUUUUCGCUCUCUGGCUGAUGGGCCGCCCUAGCAGGGCUGAAGAUGACCUUUUCUGCGAAAGCGACGACUGCCAUCGCCACGAGGCGCUCAUCGGCGCACGCCUGAACAGGAGCAUGGACCCGUGUGCGGACUUUAGUGCCUUCGUUUGCUCCGCCUGGAUGGCAUCAAGCGUCUAUCGGUCACUUUCUACGCAGCAGGACGUCGUGGGCGCAUGGUCAAUGCGCUUCCGUUCACUGCUCAACGCGGGGCAGGGUCACGGCGAAGCAAGCUCGAAGGCUCUCGGCAUGCUCCAGCUUUGCAAGGACAGGCCCAAUGACACUGUCACUAGCGGCAUUGCAGUCCUCCGAAAGUUCAUGGACGAGCGAAGUAUGAGCUGGCCGAAACAGUCCAAGCCGAAUAUCCGCCCACUUGGAGUUCUUCUUGACUUGGAUCUCAACUGGGCCGUGGCGCUCUGGUUCCAUGUCCGCUUUCUGCGAAAGCUAGGUGGUAGGAAGCGCGCCAUGAUCAUUACUCCGACGGCGACCAUUCUCAACCAAUUCAAGUUUCACAGUAAACUCGUGUCCAGCGGCGCAUUUUUCGACUAUUGGCGCAAGCACUACGAGCUGCUAGCCCCGCCCGGAACUCUCCCCGCAACGGAAACGGAGAGCAAGAGAGCGGCAAACUUGCAGACUUUCGUGCUUCAGGAACUCUCCGAGGCAAGCCGUACGGUAUCUGCAGCACAGGUACUGCUCAAGAGCAUAGAAAAGACCGUUACCAAAAUCCCUUCGAAUGAAUGGAUAGCUUCGCUCAACAAAAACUUGCGGGUGGAUCCCGUACUCACCGGCGAGGACCACGUUAUUGUGUCACACGACGCGCUCCUGUCUGCCAUUGACAAAAUCACUCGGACCUACGAAAACGGUGAGAUACUUCAGAACAUCGCUUGGCUGUUCUUGCAGGCAGUAGGCCCAAUCGCUGACUUUUCCCUUUUAGCGCCGAGCCAAGAAAGCGUACAUGACAGAACUGAUAAGGCUUCGGCAGAGCGAGAAGCCUUCUGCGCGGCGCAGGUGGAGUGGGCGUAUCGCUUCCUCGUCAUUUCGCUCUACACGCUCACCAGCUUUUCGCAUGGCGAGCGCCAGAAGAUCGAUGCAGGGCUCCGUGUCAUACGAGAGGCUGCCCUGAACAAAGUUGCCGGUGCCACGCAUUUGGAUCGCCUAUCAAAACAACGUGCGCAGGUCAAAUUAAACGAGACAGUCACACUGCUGUGGCCCGCCGAAAACCUCAUCCGAGAGUCAUCGAUAUCCAUUAUGUACGCAGGCUUUCCCUACAAUGAUACUACUUUCGCCGCACUCUGGCUACGCUUGCGCAAAUCUUUCCAUGACCUGUCACAGAACACCAUGUAUGACGACGCAUUGCAUAUGCCGGCCAACCUGGCCCUGCCACUUCUCGAUUACGACUACGUACUCAACGCAAUUCGCAUCUCUGUGCAGGCACUAUCGGCGCCUGUUUUCUACGCGCAGGGCACACGGGCCAUGUUCUACGGAGGUUUAGGAUUUCUUUACGCCACCCAGCUGGUGCGCGCUCUGGACAAAUACGGUCUGCGUAUUAACAGCAGCGGUGAUGUAACCGGUCUGUGGCUUUCGUCCACGUGGCAACAUGCAGUCAAUGAUGUGGACAAAUGUCUAGACGGUUACACAACCCACUUUCCCGAAAUACCUGCGCUCGAGAUCAGCUACGGCGCACUGGAGGAGGCUCUUGGUCAGAGCAGCGACUCUCAUCAGCGCCUUCGCGACGGCUUCACCGAGCGGCAACAGUUCUUUGUCACGCUCUGCUUCCUCAUGUGCAGCCGACCCGGCGCAGAACCCACGGGAGACUGCAACAAGGCCGUAAUGAACUUCCCGCCUUUUGCCAGCGAGUUUGGUUGUCCGGUCAACUCCAGAAUGAGGCCCGCUAAACCUUGCACCUUUUUUGACGAGCGAGUGUAGAAGGCGACUCUUCUGUUUUAAUUUUUUGUUUAUAUUCUACCUACAUGUCCAUAUAUAUGCAACGCAUACCGUUUUUCACUACGAAAUGUCUUAGUCAAUAUAAGGCUUCUAUCAUUUUUGUUCGUGACGCUGAUCUAGAACAUCGAAUUUUCUAAAAAUGCUCUCACAAUGUUUUUUUUUGCAUGACUGCAUUGGGGUGCUAUCCUGUAUGUUCAUUAGGUAUUAGCAGUACUAGAGCAGUGAUUACAUAAAGCUUCCAAGAUGCUUUUUCGGAAAGCUCAUGGAGAAAUAAAAAAAUGUGUUACGUUUU